AUGGGCAAUUGCCUGAGGUGCAGAAAUACUGAUUCUUCAGCUGACGUUGGAAAUAGUGACGCACAACUUCGACUAGAAAGUGAAAGACGACGUAGUCGUUUGCCUCCAUAUUUUGAGAAUGAUCCAAUUAUGCAUCCUACUCCUGGUGUCUCACGACCUAUGUCCCAGUUAACUGAAGAGGAGCAAGUGAGAAUCGCUACACGUAUGGGCUUGAUUUCCACACUACCAUUGUUUAAAUUCGAUGAAUCGAAGAGAGAGAAACUAUUUGAAUGUAUAAUAUGUAUGUGUGAAUAUGAAGAAGGUGAAGAACUUCGUUAUCUUCCAUGUUUACAUACAUAUCAUCGUGUAUGUAUUGAUGAUUGGUUAAUGCGUGCAUUAACAUGUCCUUCAUGUUUAGAAGAGAUACGUCCUAAUUCACCAGUAAAAGUUCGUUCUAAUAUUAAUAGUCAAAAUACUACUACUACUAAUAAUAAUAGUAAUAAUGAAUCAUCAGAGAAUAAUAAUAAUGUUGUAUCACAAAGAAAUGAAAAUCCAGUGCCUACUUCAUGUCAUCAACAACCAACCCAUGAAUAUAAUAGAAGAACUAGUAUUACUGAACGACGUUCUAGAAAUUUACAAUCAUCAAAUGUAUAUACAAAUUCAGAAGCUAUACAACGUUCAAUUCUGGAACGGUUCAAAAGUAAUAAUAAUAAUAACAACGAUAAUAAUGGUACUACUGUUGUCGGUGAUCUAUCCGAUCGUAAUUAUAAUUUAUCUCAUACUAGUAGAUAUCGUCAUCAUCAUCAGCAGCAGCCUCAACAACAUCGACGUACACGAUCUAUUGGUCCUAGUAGAAGAUCAAAUUCUAUGAAUAUAUUUAAUGUAACAAUGCCUUAUGGUUAUCGUCGUGGUAAUAGUGUCACAGCAAUUGAUAUGCUUAAUUCUAUUGUACAAACAAAUGAUGAUCAUUCAUAUUCAAUAAAUAAUAAUUAAUGAAAUUUAACUAUGAACUUUCCAGGUUAAUGUAUUCCUUUUUUUAUUCUUCUUCUUCUCAAUUAUCG